UGUCUGUCAGCGUGCACGCGCUUGUAGGUGCGUUGUUUGACGUUCACGUAACGUGCAGUGACUGUCAUAUUAAAUCAUUAAAGUGCUCAGCUGCAGACAUGUCUAAAGAGAUCACACUGUACUGGUGCUCGGAUUCUCCACCCUGCUGGCGUGUGAGGAUCACGCUGGAGGAGAAACAGCUGCACGGAUAUAACAGUAAACUGCUGUCGUUUAUAAAAAAUGAACAUAAAGGUCCUGAGGUGAUGGCGCUAAACCCCAGAGGACAGCUUCCAACUAUGAAGCACGGAGACAGAAUCGUGAACGAAUCGUUUGGCGCGUGCAUGUAUCUGGAGAGUGUGUUUAAAAGGCAAGGCACACAACUGAUCCCAGAUGACCCUGCUGAACAGGCUUUGGUUUAUCAGCGCAUGUUUGAGACAAACACCCUGCAGCAGAAAAUGUAUGAUGUGGCUUUCUAUGAAUGGUUUGUACCUGAAGGAGAGAGACUUGAAUCUGCCCUGAAGAGAAGGAAAGAAGAUUUAAUUUCUGAGCUGAAACUGUGGAACGGCUAUCUGGAGAAGAUGGGGAAAGGAUCUUACCUCGCUGGCAAAAACUUCACCAUGGCCGAUGUUGUUUGCUUCCCCGUCAUUGCAUACUUUCCACGUCUUGGUUGUCCUAAAGAGAGAUGUCCCAGACUGAUGGAGUAUUAUGAGAUGGUGAAGGAUCGGCCCAGUAUUAAAGCCAGCUGGCCACCACACUGGCUGGAGAAUCCUGAGGCCGAGAGCAAACUGAAGGACUUAUAAACUUCAGCCUUCUGUCACAGACUAAACUUUACUUCUUUAUAUAAAGUGUGUGUUUAUGAAUAUAUAUAACAUUACAAGAAAAUUACAUUUAAUUUAAACUGAUAUCACACACUAGAACAGGGGUGGGCAUUCCUGGUCCUGGGGGGCCACAGUCCUGCAGAGUUAACCUCCAACCCUAAUCAAACACAACUUAACAUUUAUUUAAAAAAUCAUUUUCCACCAAGAUGAACUGACUCUUCAUGGAUCUGUAAUUACAAACAUUUAUGAGUUUUCAAUAAACCAUUUUCUUGUUUCAUC